AUGUCCCUUCAAGCAAUCAAGUUUGAUAGAAGUCUCAAGACCUUACAGAUCUUGGACCAGUUGCUCCUUCCAUACUCAACUUCAUAUAUUGAGAUCACCUCCAUCGAAGAUGCUUACCAAGCGAUCAAGAAAAUGCAAGUCAGAGGUGCCCCAGCUAUCGCUAUUGUAGGGGCCUUUGCCAUCGUAGUCCAGCUCAACAAGUUGGAAAACAUCACCGUAAAGGACUUACUUGCAUCCAUUGACUAUUUGGUGGAAUCAAGACCAACUGCUGUCAAUCUUUCCAAUGCAUGCAAUGACAUCAAAGAUUUACUCACUUCUACCUUCUCCACAUCUGAUGUGGCUGGACAACAAGUGUUGGACACUGUCUUCAAAUACGCUGUCGAUUUGUAUGAUGCAGACUUGAGUAACAAUUUUAAGAUUGGUGAAAAUGGAUUGAACUAUAUCACCGAAACUCUUCGCUCUCAAAACUUUAAGGGUCCAUUCUCAAUUAUGACUAUCUGUAACACUGGAUCUUUAGCCACUUCUGGUCAUGGUACCGCUUUGGGUAUAAUCAGAACCACUUUCCAGAACUUGACCAAAGAGAAAAGUCUGGAAGAUUUUUGGUUUGAAAAAGUAUAUCCAUGUGAGACUAGACCUUACAACCAAGGUGCAAAGUUGACUACAUACGAGUUAGAUUAUGAAAAGAUUACAUUUUCUCUUAUUUGUGACAACAUGGCCACAUCUUUAAUUUCUACUUUGAAUUCUACAGAUGGAUCUAUUAGAAACCUGCUGGCACCAGUAAAAUUCAUCAUUGUUGGUGCUGACAGAAUUGUCAAGAAUGGUGACUCAGCAAACAAGAUUGGAACAUUCCAAUUGGCAGCUAUUGCUGAUUUCUUUAACAAAAGAAAUGCCGAGCAAAUCAAAUUCAUUGUUGCUGCUCCAAGAACUACCAUCGACUUGAAGACUGAAACUGGUGCAGACAUUGUUAUUGAAGAAAGGCCAAGCAACGAAUUAACAACUCUCAAUGCCCCAGUUCUUGAUGUCAAUGGUACAGCUGGUGAAAAGUUAACUGUUGGGAUCGCUACACCAGGAAUCGACGUAUGGAAUCCAGCUUUUGAUAUUGCUCCUCAUGAUCUAAUUGAUAGUAUUGUCACUGAAGAUACUAAGGUUUACAUUAAGGAUUCUGAAGGAAACUUCAAGUUAGAUUAA